UCAAAAAAAUGAAGCAAAUACUAAUAGUAAAUGGGCUUACUGUCACUGUUGAAGCUCAAUAACCAGAAUUUUGGUGUGCUACUGUUAAUACCUAAACAAAUAUAUAUCGUUCAUAAUUAUCAUAAAUUAUCAUCAUUAAGUUUAACAACUCCAAGAAAUCAAAGUGUCAAAGCUUUUGCCACAGCAGAAUCAUUUAAAAUGGUGAAGGCGAUUAGGGUUCAUGAGCUUGGUGGACCUGAGGUGAUGAAAUGGGAGGAUGUGGAGAUUAAAGAGCCAGGGGAGGGUGAAAUAAAAGUAAAAAAUAAAGCAAUUGGGCUUAAUUUCAUUGAUGUUUACUUCAGGAAAGGACUUUAUAAUACCCCAACUCCCUUUACUCCAGGUAUGGAAGCUGUUGGAGAGGUUAUAUCUGUAGGCUCUGGAAUUACUGGCAGGCAGGUUGGAGAUAUUGUAGCCUAUGCUGGCUAUCCUAUGGGUUCCUAUGCUGAAGAGCAGAUCCUUCCAGCAAACAGGGCUAUACCCGUUCCUUCCUCCAUUAGUCCUGUUAUUGCAGCAUCUGUUAUUCUUAAGGGCAUGACUGCGCAGGUCCUACUCCGCCGUUGCUUCAAGGUCGAACGUGGCCAUACAAUCCUUGUUCAUGCAGCAGCCGGCGGAGUCGGGUCUCUUUUAUGCCAGUGGGCAAAUGCUCUUGGUGCCACAGUUAUUGGAACUGUCUCGACCAAGGAAAAGGAAGCACAAGCCAAAGAUGAUGGAUGCCACCAUGUAAUAAACUACAACAAUGAAGAUUUUGUUACUCGCGUCAAUGAGAUCACAUCAGGCAGCGGGGUGGAAGUUGUUUAUGAUUCUGUGGGAAAAGAUACCUUUCAGGGAUCAUUGGAAUGCUUGAAGACUCGUGGGUACAUGGUGAGUUUUGGGCAGUCAUCAGGUACACCUGAUUCAGUUCCCUUAUCAGCACUCGCAAAGAAAUCGCUGUUUCUGACAAGGCCUUCACUCAUGCUAUAUACUGAAGAUCGAGAUGAGCUACUUGUAACUGCGGGAGAGGUGUUUGCCAAUGUUACAUCAGGUAUAUUGCGAGCUCGAGUAAACCAUACUUACCCUUUGUCUGAGGCAGCACAAGCUCAUGCAGACCUUGAGAGUCGAAAAACAUCUGGAUCAGUUGUCUUGAUACCGUGAUUCAAAUAGUCGGUUAUUGGCUAAGUUAAACUCAUGUACAAUGAAACUGUUCUGGGUAAGUUUACAAGUCGAGUCGAACGCAUGGAAGAUUAUAAUAGGUUGUUCGUCAUUGCGGUGUACAUGUAAUCAAAUUUGGAAUAAAUAACAUGUGCGAUGUGUAAUUGAGAAGUAUCCUGCAUCAACAUCUUAAAUCUUGGUUUGCCCUUGGUUCUAAGGUUUAUACAGGAAAGUAAUGGUAUAUGAGUUUCAGUUCAA